GGGAGGCUCCUUCGCCGAAGCCUAAAGCGGAUCAAAGUAGGGGCGAUCGGAGGCGGUGAAGGUGAAGACUUUCGAGGACUCUUAACUGAUCUGGGUUUAUUGUCUCCUGCCCCCUCCUUUGGAGCUGCUUCUCCCUCUCCCCGGAGCCCUGCUGCUGCCGCCACCGCCCCCACUCCCACCCGCAACCUGUCCACUAUGGAGAAGACCGAGAUGAUCCAGAAGGCCAAGCUGGCGGAGCAGGCCGAGCGCUAUGAUGACAUGGCCACCUGCAUGAAGGCGGUGACCGAGCAGGGGGCCGAGCUCUCCAACGAGGAGCGCAACCUGCUCUCGGUGGCCUACAAGAAUGUAGUCGGGGGGCGAAGGUCAGCCUGGAGGGUCAUUUCCAGCAUUGAGCAGAAAACCGACACCAGUGACAAGAAGAUGCAGCUGGUCAAGGACUACCGGGAGAAAGUGGAGUGUGAACUAAGAUCCAUCUGCACCACUGUUCUGGAAUUGUUGGACAAGUUUUUAAUAGCCAAUGCGACCAAUCCAGAGAGCAAAGUCUUCUAUCUGAAAAUGAAGGGAGACUACUUCCGGUACCUUGCUGAAGUUGCCUGUGGUGAUGACCGAAAACAAACAAUAGAUAAUUCCCAAGGAGCUUAUCAAGAAGCAUUUGACAUCAGUAAGAAAGAGAUGCAACCUACACAUCCAAUUCGCCUGGGGCUAGCUCUUAACUUUUCUGUAUUUUACUAUGAGAUCCUUAAUAACCCCGAGCUUGCCUGCACAUUGGCUAAAACGGCUUUUGAUGAGGCCAUCGCAGAACUUGAUACACUGAAUGAAGAUUCAUACAAAGACAGUACCCUUAUCAUGCAGUUGCUUAGAGACAACCUAACAUUAUGGACAUCAGACAGUGCAGGAGAAGAAUGUGAUGCUGCAGAAGGUGCAGAAAAUUAAAAUUCAUACAGGGUGUCAUCUUCCUUUCUCUCAAGAAACCUUUUUACACGUCUCCAUUCCUUAUAGCUCCACUUGGAUUUCCUAUAGCAAAGAGAACCCAUCCGUGUGUAUGGAAAUCAAUCGUUUAUAGUCUUUUCACACUGCAGCUUUGGGAAAACUCCAUUCCUUGAUUUGUGUUUUGUCCUGGCCUUCCUGGUGUGCGGUUACUGCUGUAGAAAAGUAUUAAUAGCUUCAUUUCAUAUAAACAUAAGUAACUUCCAAACACUUAUGUAGAGGACAAAAGUGUAUCUGGUAUUUAAAAAUCUGAACCAGUUCUGCAAGUGACUGUGUUUUGUAUUACAGUGAAGAUAUGAAAAUGUAGUUAAAUGCAACUCAAGUGUUUUACAUAGCUUCUCUUCCCCCAUAUUCCUCCCUUAUUUUUCAGGGUUUUCCUUUCAGCAAACAACUUUCACAUGCUCUUCUUACUAUAUAUUCCUUUAAAGAGGAAUCUGGAAGUAUUGGGUCAAAUGGAAACAAGUUUGGCAUUUUAGGAUUAGGGAUCAUGAGCUGAAAUCCGCCUACUGUAAAAUAAGUUAUGGAGUCCACAGUAUGUCUGUGACAGCAGGAAGUUUUCUUACUCUUCAGUUGCUGCUGUUUCAUUUGACAAUUUCCCUCUC